GCCUUUCAUUGACGCCGGUUAGACAGUACAAGUCGUGUUUUUAACAACAGCUAUAUACUGGAGUUAUAAGGGACCUACAGAAGAACAACACACAAACAUGGGGAAUGCGAAGAAAGAGUAAGUGUUGAUAUUAUUUGCGAAUUUGUUUCAGCAGCGAAAUACAGUUCGAUAAACGAGUGGUAUACGAUAUACUCCGAUGUCAGAUCUUUCCCGUUUUAGAUUAAGUAAUACGUUUCGUAUACGAAGGUACCAUGGUAGCUAGCGAUGCAUAAUUAUACUACGAGGUUACUAUACUAGCUUUGGCGCGAGGAACUAGCUGAAAAUGACAGUAUCUAGUCGGCGUCUGAUGUGAUGUGAUGUGACGUGAAGUGCCUUCGUGUACCAUAAGUCAUAACUUCUACAGGCAAACGAUCUUCCUAUCUUCGCUAGAAAAGUUAACUGAUUGUAUAGUUUACCUAAUUUAGUCUUCCUAACAUUAAAAACGUGUGUUCAAAGUGCAAACGGGCAAGGAUGUAUAUGUCCUGAGAAUGCAAAUCCAUGUUUUAAAAGCCUAUGUAAUCCUACCUAGGAUUAAAUCGAGCAUGCGAGUGAGAUAUAUCUAGAUGUGCUUUUCUAACAAAAGCUCGCGUGUUGUCGUGAUAAUUGUUUGUAUCAUUCUACCAAACGAAGAUUACACAAUGUACAGUUAACAAACCGAUGCAAAACACGAAAAUAUUUUGUUACUUAACGACAUUACUAACAUGCAAUGGCUCAUCGCGCGUUUUAUUUAUCAUGUUACAGCGAGGCAAAUAUAGGGUUAAUGAAUAAUUUCUCUUUGUACUUCUCCACAGGCCAAUGUGAAUUAUAGAAGUUAGUAAUAUUCAUUCAACUUAGUUUAGUAAUAAUGUGUGCAUCGCGUAAUUGUAGAGAAUUAAUUUAGUAGCUGUGUUUUUAACCAUUUGCUGGGUGAAAUGUCUCACAGCUUGCUAUGCGUUCCUCGACGAUGAUCGCCUUGGAUGCAUGCAAGCGUAUAGCCCGAGUAACGCCUUCAAUAAAUGGCAAAUAAUCCUAAAUUUAGAAUCAUGCAUAUAACAUUCACAGUGCAAUUUCUAGUUGUAAACAGUACAAUCUUACUAGCAUGUGGGAAAAGCGUCGAGCAUGAAGUUUGAACACAUUGAUUAUUAUUGAUUAUUUAUGCUGUUGCUACAUUACACAUGCAUUCUGAACACGAUAAUAUUUGAUAGCGUGAGAGAUUAGAAUCCCAGCAAGUCACAUGAGGUUUCCAUGUUAGCUUUCUGAUCGAGCUCAUCGUACUUCCAAGAAUACAACUUUUAACCUCAAUUAGUGCACUGUGGUGCUAUACGAAACGAUAUAGCAAUGUAUAUAUAUAUAUAUAUAUAUAUAUAUACAUAUACAUAUACAUAUAUAUAUAUAUAUAUAAAAUGUCAGAAUUGAUCGUUAUUUAUACACUAUUGAUGGGGUAAUAGAUUAGAAUUCGACUUAAUCAAAUGUGGUUCAAAUCCAUGCAUUGAAGGAUUGUGUUGUUUGUACCAAAAGCAAGGGUGGAAACAUAUAUAUAAAAUGUCAGAAUUGAUCGUUAUUUAUACACUAUUGAUGGGGUAAUAGAUUAGAAUCCGACUUAAUCAAAUGUGGUUCAAAGCCAAGUUUCCACCCUUGCUUUUGGUACAAACAACACAAUCCUUCAAUGCAUGGAUAAUAAUAAAAAGUGACACUUAGAAUUCAAGCUGCAUCCAAGCGCCAAUUUCGUCUGUGCACUGCAGAGAAAGCUGUUAGCUGUUCAUAUAGCAUUUUGCAACAUUAGUUAACCACUAAGUACACGGGUUGUAUACAACAUAGUAUAUGAUGAUACGGUUGUAAGACAUCGCGUGAUUCUGUUUGGGAGAAUUUUGCGCCUCAUCAAUUGCACAUGCGAACACAAUAUAUUUCCCCCACAUCGUGUAAGUGAGAUUUCCGGGAUCGAGACAUAGCCGGUUUUGACGAGUGUUCUUAAUUCCGCGUAUAUAUACGGAAUAAUAAAACAAACACUGCAGUGCUUCUACUAUAUAGAUUAUAGCCUAUAUGCAUGGGCAAAGUGCGUGUGAGUCUAAAAAAUAAUCCAUCAGACGAUUUUAACGACUUUACUCUUUAGAUCGUCUGAUGACUGAUGCUACAUUUUUAUGACGUUAUUCUUUGAUCACAUACAGAACGUUUUAUAGUAUGAUCAUUAAUAGUAUAAAAAUAGUUCAGUUUGCACCCCCAAGUGGAGAAGUUUCUUUGAACAAAUUAUAUGUUUUCUUAAUUCUUGGUCAAAGUGCACAAUCUAUUCUUCACGUCAUGCUUCAAUACAUAAUUUUCCAAAAUGACAUUUUUAUAAUUCCACUUUGUUUUGUGCAACAGAGUAAUAACAGUAUACACAAUUGGACUGUAGUUAAAUUCUAGUGAUUCCACGAUUUCUCUGUAAUUUAAAGCGAAUUUUUUGGAAUUUAACUAGUUAAACUGUAGUUAAAUUUUAAUAAUCAUAUACGAUUCCUCUGUAAUUUAAUACAUAUUUUCAUGGGCAUCUCGAUUGUAUGGUUUUUCCUGCAUAGUUAGGUUUAAAAAAUGUAUAGAAUUUACAUUCUAAAUUUAAUACAGAGAAUUUCACAGUAUAUUCAACUGAUGACAAAAUUUAACAAUUUUAAUUUUGAAAAUAUUUACAAUAUUCAGUAAAUGCGUGGCAAUGUAAAUUGACUCUUUCCGGCUAGAAUUGGUCGUAUUUUAACAGUCCAAAAUUUGAUAGCACCAUGCACUAUAUGAUUCACAAAUACGUUCACAGUAUCUUAAUUACUUAAAGUGCUUAUAUCUUUAUAGAAACGAAGCGAAUACUAUAAUUUCAAAUCGUACGUGAGUUGCGGAGGGGAGCGUCCUCUGUUGACAAUAAUACAAACCGCAACUUCUCAAUCAAUUUCAUUGCUUGCAUUUUUUAACUGGGCUUAAAAAUAUAGAAAAAACGUCGACGUUUUGCGCGCCAGCUCGACGUUACAAACGAUCAUCAUGUUGCGCAGCAUAGUGCCUAUAGCGUAUAGUUCGUAGUGAGUGAUCCGUCUCAAAAUUUCGACACUUCCUUUCACGAAUAACCCACUAAAAAUCGUUAUAAUAGCUUCCUCUCAACAAUUCAAAAUUCAUCAGUAUAAAGAAUUAUUGAAUUUUUUCAAUACAUAUCAUAAUUUUAUGUUGCGAUAAGCGGUUUGCAAUAACGUUUUGCGUUUUCUUUUAACUUUGCGAUGGUCGGCUUUGGUCGCCAACAUGAAAAACCUACGCGCUAUCUUUGGCUAAAUGUCGACAUGAUAAUGUUAGGUAGGCGGUAGCUAUACUGUAUAUUUUUGCGCAUACUAUAAACCAGCUUCCCAAAACAGGCUAUACUGCAAUUAAAGUGAGCCAAGGUGUUUUGGCAGUUAUUUUAAUGACAAAAUUAGUCAUUUUGUGUGUUUUGGAAAACGUGUUUAAUUAAUGUUUUUCGCGAAAUCCUGAGUUUGCCUUUUUCAAAUGUUUCUGCAAAGUUUGUAAAAAUAAUGAUAAAUUUGAAUGCAUACAUGUCAUGAUACCUUUAUGUAUACAACAACAAAAUAUAUUAUAGUUGACUGCAUGUAUAUUUAUGUUUCAAAUGAUAAACAUCGUAGUUAUGAUAUAAUGAUUCCAUAGGCAUAACGUAUAUAGCUGCUAAGCCUAAGACAAAUUUUCCUCAGUAUCCGAGAUCCCGAGAUGGUUACAUGGUUGGAUGAAAAAUCGACUCUUUAAGUCUUUGUCAUAGAUGUUUCAUUUCGGCAGCGUAUAUAAUCUGUUGAAAUGAAUUAUGUAUGGUGAAGAAAUUCUGAAACAAUUAACUGAGCAGACAUUUUCCUUAAUGUUUAAAAUACGCGAAGGCUAUAUACAUGCUAUUGGAUUCACAUUACUCACAUUAGCAAGUAUAUAGGCAAUUUUGUGCCGUAUACUAGUGCAUGACAUGAUAUAUAGGUCUGCAAUGCAUCCACGGAUGCAUAAACAAAGCACAUUAAUUAAUCAAUAUAUUUUUAAAGAGUAAUAUAAUGACUGAUAUGCAAAAAGAUGUAAUUAUAAGCUAUAUCCCCUGGCUGUGCAUGGGACUCGCUGUAUUUCUGCCUCUGGAAAUUAUCAAUUAUACAUUUAUAAGCGGUCAAAAGACGAUAUAUCAUUCGUUGCAAAUUGCAAGCAUAAACAUUAUGACAACUAUGAUCUCAGUUUGACAAUUGCAUUUCAAUAAUGACUAAAACUCUUCUCUUAAUGAAUAAUGACUUGAUGUUUUUCGCCUUUUUUAUUAAUUGUUUCAAUCAAUUUCUCAUUUUUUUGCAUCGAGUAGAAGUAAAGACUAAAUAAAGGCUCGUCAUUUACCCUACCAAAGCUUCUGUAAUCACAUGCAGUAGGAAUCUUGCACAUAUGUUUGCAUUUUGAAGAAUUUGUAAGAAAUCUUCGAGGGACCGGACUCAGUGUUAAACUGAGAGUAUGCAGUUCCUUCAAAUAUAUAUCUUAAAAAAUCUUCAAAAUGCAAAUCUAUAUGCAAAAUUCCUACUGUGAUCACAGAAACUUCGAUAGUGUAAACCAGGUCCACAUAUAUCUAUAUACAAAUAAUAGGAUAAGGAAAACGGAACUUAUAUAUGAUUAGAUAUAUUUUGUACUUGUUUUUCUGUGUACUACUGGGCUAUAUUUAUAUAAGAUAGUUGUCUGCAUGUUUUUCUUAAUUCAUGAGACGGUUUCUUUUGUGUGUAUAUACUGCGUGUCAACAUAUGUUUCCUGGACAAGUUAACUUGGAUGUUAACAUGCCAAGUAAGUUUGUUAAAGAAUAACUGUUGAAUGUACACACUAGCCGCUAACAAGUGAACUCCUCCAGGAAACAUUUGUUGGCAGUAUACAAAAUUGGAAGCAUUUCGGAAGUAAAUUGUUAUUGCCCAUUGGGGAGGCUCAACCAAGAGGGAUGUGGACUCUGGGGGCAAUUCUCCGCAAGAACAUUUCUGCACUCUCGAAUCCUCGAGGAAUUUCUGAGAUCAAAGACUUGUGAAGUUUUAGAAAUUCAAGAUUUUGUAUAUUGCAUUUUAUAACUUUUUACAACGACAGUUUUGAAACAACGUUUGCUCUGCAUGUAUAUACAUGAAUUAUCAUUCCAACAAAUCGUUCAGUCAAAAAUUUAAAAAACACAUGAUUUUGAUUCAAAUUACUCCUAAUUAAUUUGGGUGCAUUUAUUUUACUCAAGUUUGAAUCAAAAUUUUUGCAGUGCACGAUUCAAAUUACUUCUAAUUAAUUUGGGUGCAUUAAUUUUACUCAAGUUUGAAUCAAUUUUUUUUGCAGUGCACAAUUGAUUUUGUUCCUAAUAAUUAUAUAUACAAAAUUUCAACGUGGCAACAAACUAUAGUACAGAUGACGAAGAUAUCAUGGGAAGGGUCUAGAUACAAAUAAAUUGUUGACCGUAACGGCCUCAUGCUGUCAUGCAGUAUAAUUAAGCUAGCUUUCCUCACGUACGAUGUAUGGAACAUGCUGGACAUGCAAUAUAUAUCCGACCACAGGAUAUACUAUAUACAUACGCCCACGCUGACAUGUUAGAAUUGCACUCCUUGUUUUCAUUAAAAAAAACUGACCAAGUGUUAAAAAUAUUGAACUAUAUAAUGAGGCUAUAUCACUAUGAGGAUAUUACUCACAGCACGUUAUUAAAUGCGAUACUGCCAGGGCGCACAAAUUACAAAUUACAUGUAACAAUUACCUACAUUGCCAAUGGACCAUUUGCAUUAUAGACUAAAUUUUGAUCUAGACAAGUCUAGACAAAAAUUUCAUCACAGCUUGAAAGAGCAUCACAAAAUUAGUAAUAUUCCAAAGUUUCGUUGCGAAAUGUUGUAAAAUGCGGAUAAUAUAGCCUUGCGAAAUUUGCAAUUUUCAGUCAUUUUAGAUUACAAACGGGAAAUUGACAGCCCAAUCGGGUGAUGGGGCAUCAAUUUCCUGUUUGUAAUACAAAAUGACUGAAAAUUGCAAAUUUCGCAAGGCUAUACUAUCCACAUUUUACAACAUUUCGCAACGAAACUUUGGAAUAUUACUAAUUUUGUGAUGCUCUUUCAAGCUGUGAUGAAAUUGUUGUCUAGACCAAAAUUUAGUCUAUAAUGCAAAUGGUCCAAUGAAAUCAACCCAAAAAUCUUAUUUUGGCGACGGAACAGCGAGCGACGCUUUGCCUUUUGUCAAUACGAUAUAUACAGCCAAUUCAAGAAAGGUUGUCCUUUGCAAACCUUAAAGGGAAAUGGCAAUAUAUUUUUUUAUUUUCUCCUUUGAAAGAACAUUUAAAAUCGUAUAGAAAACUCUUUUACCGUUUUUUCAUAUCUUGCUUACUUCUACAAAUAUUUUAAUCGAAAGAAAUGAAUUGGAUUUUUGUAGAUAUGCAUGUUACGUCACAACAGGGGUCACGCAAUAUUUUUAUCUAGACAACCACUAAUCAUUUUGCACUCAAAGUUAUACUCUGUAUGCGCUUGGAAAUAUCAAGAUCACUUGAAACCUUUAAAACAUCUACCAAUCAAUAUUUGGUCAGCAACGAAUACUUUUAUACGGUUAAUCCCUGUUGUGACGUAACCAAAACUACCGUUAAUGAGAUAAAAAAUGUAUCCAAGAUGGCUGACAUGUCAUUACUUCAAGUGAAAAUAUUUCAAGAACUAAGCAAGAUAUGAAGAAUCGUUAAAAGAAGUUAUUAAAUAGUUUCGAAAGUUCUUUCAAAUGAGAAAAUAAAAAAAUAUAUUGCAUUUCCCUUUAAUUAAUUAAACUGUAAACCUUAAACUUUAAUCGCGCAAAGCUUAAUGGAAACACAAGUUUCAAGCUUAGUAGUUGAAUAUUGCAGCUAUUUUUGAAGAAUGAAUUGUUCUCGAAAGGAGAUAUUUACCAUGCCUCUAAGAAAUGCGCCCCAAAUAUGAUUUCUAGACUGAUUAAAUGCAGAUUUAAAGAUAACAAAGUGAUAACAAUGCAUUUUUAGAACUCUGUAUAGUUCCGUCGUAAACCGAUUUAUGUCGUCUCCUUAUUCGAUAAUUUGGCAACUGAUAUGAUUAAUCAGGUUUGGCUGCUCAUAUCAGAACAAGUAUCGCUUUCACUAAAUUAGUUUGGCAAACUGACAGACAUCAUAAGCGAGCCUGCCAGCAGGGCAGAAAAUGUAUUUUCAAAAUGUUCUGGGGGAGGGGGCAUGGAUCCCCCUGAUAAUGCCCCCUGGUAAUACCCUUUUUGAGCAUGUGUAUUUACCUAUAUAGGAUCAGACCCUUGAUUAGUUUUAUGUUAUAUUCCUGAAAGUAUCAUUAAGAUUCACAGUGCACUGUUUCUGUUAAAAUAUAGCAUGACUGAUUAAUUUUGACGACCUGUUAGUGUCACACAGUUACAAUGUCCGAGUGUCAAUUUACUUGAUUAUUUGCAGAAAAAAAUUUCAAUCUCUUGUGGGAAGAAAGUAAAUUUGUUUUCACCCCUGCCUGUGAGCGCCGCCCCUUUUGAAUUUAUGAGUGCACAUUGUGAAGUUAUCAACGAGCCCUUAAAGCUGUUCACGCGGUAAAUAAUUGAGAAAUAAUGAAAAACAAUUUCUUCAUUACCUGUGGCGCAUAAUCUAUACGCUUUUUUUCUCUAAAUCAUCAGCAAUUGCGGUUAAGCUGCUGUAUAAUUGAACCACAGGCAUAUGCACAAGUGGGGCGAUGCACGUUUUUAUCUAGUUUAAGUUGCUACUUAUAUAAUAAUGUAGGAAACUUUGGUAGGAAAUUACAGCCAAGUAUUCAGAAGAAAACUUAUAAAAAUAUAAUAUUAUCUGAAACUCCAAAUUAUGGAGAAACAGUUCUGUAAGUUAUGUUAAUUAACUAUGGAAAUAAAUUUUAACUAUAGAGUGUUUUUAUAGAGUGCAUUAUAAUACGAUAAAAGACCAACGUAUAUAACCCAUAACUCAAACGACUUCCUUCACAAGCAAACGACAAGAGUCACAAUUUAACUGCACUAUAUACAGGACAUUUUAUGCAUUUCAAGUUGUUAUAAGACUAUGUGCAGUGUGUUCAAAUAAUUUCUUACUGCUGCAAGAGAAUUUUAUUGUCAAUAUCGAAAAUGCAUAGGACUGAAAUAACCAACGUGGUAUCACGCACUAUCAUGAUGUUGACACUAUAUCACUUCAGGGUAUUUUAGACACACCUCUCAGGAAAUGAGAGCUGGUCUGAUAUCCUCAAUCCAAAAACUUUGUGUGUUCCAAUUACUAAUAAAUACAUAUUCUUCGUGAAUGCAUUUGACUAUAAACAAUUUAAGUUCUUUGUAUGUUUGCAUGGUGAUAAAAUAUAAUAUGUCACAUAUUAUUAGCACUGAUGAAGAUCCGGGCUUACGGAUCGAAAGCUUUGCAGUAAUAAAUUUACGUGGUGUUUCCACAAACAAAACUAUUAUAUAAACAAUUUAUUUGGCGAACUGUAUGAAUGAGUCGACUACGGACUACUCAUCAGCAACCGGGAGCAAUGGGGGGGCUGGGGCGAGUUUAUGCAUAUUUUCAAGCUUGGACUAAAUUUCCUUGGCAAAGUGCAAUUAUAAUACAUGCUGCUAGUGAAGUGUCUGUCAAACUCGCAGACUUUUAUGCGACAUUUUGUGUAGACAACAGGUACUGCCGUCUUCAAGGCAUCACGCGAAUGCAUGAAUGAAUGUAAACAACAUAUAGCUUCAUACUAAACUCUGACUCUAUCAGAUCCAAGCUGUUCUCGUUAGAGGAAACUGUUUCUAAUCAUGUUUCUAAUCGGUAAACGCCAAAAAUUGCCGGCCUGCAUGUGUACUUAUAUACGUGCAUGCAAUUAUAAUUUUCUGAUAUGAAUUGGAAGAAAAUUAGUCUUGUCUUCGCUUAAGGAACAUGCAGUAUAAUUUUCGUUUAUAAAUCAUCAAUUUCAUUAGCAAAUCAUAUGCUACCGAAAUGAAUGUUGGGUUUGUUUGGAAUAUAUAUAUAUAUAUAUAUAUUAUAAGUCAUAGAGGUGUGCAAAUCCGAUCCGUUCGGAUUUCGGAACAAAAAUAUACAUAUCGGAUCGGAUUGAUAAAGUUGUUGCGUAGUCGGAUCCGACUUCGAUAUUCGAAAUAAAAUGAAUUAAUUAUCCACGCAUUAUUGCAAGAAUUAACUAUCCAUGCGUUUAUCAAAGCAUUAUCGCGGUUGUCGCUGCAUUUUUCGUUUGAUACUUCAAUUUGACGUCACUUUGUCAGCUUCUUGACAUGUAUUUCUUGUUUUUAUAUUGAUUUGGUUAAAUAUUUCAACUUGCAUGAGAAAUUUAUUUUGUUAAAGGAUUCAUCGGUUCGGAGUGAAAUUCUUUAUCACAACUCGGAUCGGAUUCGGAUUAGACAAUUUCGGAUCGGAUCGGAUUUUAAACAUUAGCCAAUUGUCGGAUUAUAAACGUCCAAUCCGAUCCGAUGCACACCUCUAAUAGGUUACACUAGGUCCUCUGGCAGGUAUCAACGGCUGCGGAAUCAAUUUGUCAUUCACGGAACCAAUUAUUUUUAAGAAAUGUCGGCAAUAUUACUAUGGAAAAUUUUUAUUUAAAACGUCAAUUCCGAAAGACACAAUGCAAAGCCCUUAUAAGGUAAACGGUGAGGUUCUUUGAUCUUUCAAAAUGGCUAUAUUGGAAGUGCAUGUAUGGGCAUUGUGCAGAUAUAAAGCCUAGUUUUCUGUGAUCAAUGUAGGAAUUCUGCAUAGGUAAAGUUUUGAAAGAUUUGUAAGAAAUGUUUGAAGGAACUAACUCAGUAUUUAAUACACAAAGUCACUUCCCUCCAACAUUUCUUACAAAUCCUUCAAAACUUUGAAUUUAGCUAUGCAAAAUUGCUACUGUGAUCACAGAAACUUUUGAUAGUGUAACCGGUCUUUGGCAGUGUAACCGGCCUUUGGCAGCAUGGUCCGUCAAUUCUAUAACGCGGUCAUUGUAUUCGUCUUAAGUGGAAUCUUGGAUUUUGAAGAAUCACUAUGGCACCACCACACAUCCAAAAAUUCGAAACAAAAUUGAGACCAAUUGACGCAAAGACACUAUACCGAACAAACCUGUCUCUGAAAUGCCAUUAAAUUUACAUACCAUUAUCAAUUAAAAAUGCCAAGUUUGGCACAAUAUAUAGUUGAGGAAAGGCUAUGCAUAUAUAAUGGCGGGUGAUUGUCAUAAAAUAUUAAUAGCACUAACAAAGACAAAUAACGCAAAAUUACACUUAAAGCUUCCAAACCAAUUCUUGUUGCUAAUGGUGUUUAAUUCUUUUUAUUCUGACACUAAUGACAUGUUGUAAAAGAUGGACUCGAAAAACAUGGACUCAGUUCUAUAUAUUUACAUCGAUAUCUUUGUAUAACUUUAUGCCUUUGGGAUGAACAAUGAAGACAUUUCGAAAUGGGAGGAAAUACAUGAUGUACCGGCAGUUCGGGUUUAUGAAUUUAGGACUACGACAAGUCGACGGUUCAAAACAGACCCAGACACGCGGGAAGGCCUGGAACUAGACUAUAGGUUGGGUCCAUAAUUUGUAAAACACACACUGAGUCCAUGAUUUGUAAAUUCUCACUCCAUGUUUUACAACAUGUCGCACUUACAUGCACGCUCAAAUGGUUGAACUAAGUGGUUUUGACCAAAACAGCAUUUAAUCUAUUAAUAUACAUAACAAAAAUUGGUCGCAAUUUUCCGAAGUCCAGAAUGAUGCUAUCAAUAAGUCUGUUAUUAACAGGUUUCGUUAUCUGUGUUUUAUCAAUAUAUUACGUGCCUGUCCCCGAUGUUUCAUAAAGCAUAUAAAUAUGGUAAAUGAUUAUUAUGAUAUAAAAUGAUUAUUUUCUCAAUGGACAGAGUUCAGCAUAAUCCUACAUUUGAUAAAUUAUUCAUUUCGUUAUAUUAUUUUUGUAAAUGUUAUCACGACAGUGUAAAUUAUUAUAUUCAGUAUGAAGUCGCUCUACAAAAUACAACACAGUGAGUUUAACCUCAAUUUUACUGUCUAUAUAAUAAUUGCAUCUAUACAAAGAGUAUACUUAUAAACACAGUUUUUUAAAAAAAAUUUAUUCUCAAGUUUAUACCCCAUGGCGACUAAAUGGUUUAUAAAAAAACUAAGAGUAUUCUUAAAAUUGAAGUCUAUCAGUUUCAAACGAAUAUGGAUAGAAAUUUUAAGUAAAGAAAUAUACAGAAAUACAUAUAUAAAUGUACAAAAUUUUUAGAGAAUGCAAAAAAUGCAACAAGCAUAUUAGCAUAAUUGCCCUCGGCAGAAAAUCAAAUUGGCACACGUCUGUAUAUACUUAUUCUAACAAUGCAGGAUAGAAAUAUUAGUUAAUUUUGGUAUUUGACGCAAUAGGACCUCAGUUGACGCAAUCGAACCGAAGUUUAACCAUCAGUUUAAGUUAAUCAAUGUAUUUUUAUGGAAGUACUACCACUAACACGUUGCGAGUUGAGUCCAGUAAUACAGAGAUCAUUGUGCAUGCAAUUGUCAAAGAAAUUGUUUUGAUAUGAUCCAUGCAUUUGAUAUAUAUCAAUAUGAAGUUAUUGCCAAGUGUAUACUGUAUAAACAAAACUACAUUGAUUUUCCAAAUGUUAUAAACUAAAUAUUUAAGCAAUUUAUCGCGUGUCUGGGCUAAAACGUCUCAAAAACCAAAACGAAAUAAACCAUUUUAAGUAUUUGAUCAAAACAAAUUAAGUAGUGUGAUAAAAAAAUUUACGUUUGAUAGACACGUCUACGUUGUUUUUGUUGAAAAGAAUAUAUAGCCGUCUUAACUUGUUGUCGAGUCUAAAUUCCGUUGCCAAGUUCUAGCACAUCCACUUAAGAUAAUUUAACUUGAAAUUAAAUUCUUUCCUAGCUGCAGAGGGGAUAUAGUCCAAAAUUUCAUAUAUAAACACAUACGUCUAACCGGCCAGGCCAGGGUCACGUAUGUUGAUCGAUCGUGAUGAUGCUGCAUAUACUUAUUGCAUUGUACAUAUAUAUAGUUAUAACACCGCGGAAAAACGUCUGCGCAUGCACCAAAUUAUGAAAAUAUGGCGGGGGAAUUUGAAUAUCAAUUUUCUAAAACAAAAACAUGCUUAUUAAUUGGUCAAAAAUUAGUAAAACAAACGAGAAAAUAUAGCAAAUGGGCAGACUAGACAUUAAUUGAAAGCGUCCUGGCAUUUAAAGUAUGAAAUGAAAUAUAAUUCAUGUAAAAAAUUGUUGAUUUUAACGGACACGACUUCGAAAAUUUUUGCAAAAUUAUUCAAAACAAAAAUUCAAACUCAAAAGUUAAGAAAACUCUCGAAAAGUUAAGCUUCUUAACCCACUCAUAUUGUAGAAUAAAUCCUAAAGUUUAAUUAUUGUGAACACGAAAAUUAUUUAUAUUUGGCGACACAGUUUUUUUUAAAGAAAUGUAUCUCAAACGAAAAUUCGGAAAUUGUCGUUGCUUAGUUGAUAAACAAAAUGUUUCAGACGAUAAAUUUGUCAACAAUCACCUUUAGUUCAUAUUCUUGUACAAUACAAUUUCUUGAACCUUCUGGCUGUAUUUAUUCCUAGUUUUUAGAAUUGCAUGUCUAUUUUUGCGCUCGAAAUCUGGCUGUAAAGACGCACAAGGAAGCCACUCCAUUUUACCGCCAUUUUGAGCCUUCGGAACAGCUUCUCAUCAAGUUCGCAAUACUAUUACAGGUAAGGUUGACGCAUGCGCAGACGUUUUUCCGCGGUGUUUAUACUUAUAUAUACAUUUUCACUAAAAGUGGGACAUGCGCAGUGCAGCAUAUACUGUUCAAAUCAACAAUUCUAAACUAGAAACGACUUUUGUUUGCUGGCAAAUUCAAUGCACUUACACUCAAAAACACCCUUGGUUAAAAAUUUCCUGACCAAUUUAAUCGGGCUAUAUGGUUAGAUUAACCAGAUUAUGUAAGGUGGAUUAUUGACCAGAAAUCCUGGUUUAAUUAGCGAGGACUAUGUAUGAUCAAAUUAAUCAUGUUGGUCAGUUAAAUUAACCUGGAAAUUUUACCACGAACAUCAAGUUACCCCAAACAGUGGACAUUUUUAACCAGGAUGUAAUGGAAAUAAGGGAUCGAUUGAGCCAGAACUAGUAGGGGAGAUGGGAUGGGGUUCUCAUCGGCCUCUGGGUCAUGGUUCAGGGUGCGACCGUUGCCCAAGUACCAGAGGAAGCUACAGCAGCAAGGACUAGUCUGUAGUCUUGCUUGACAAUUUCACAAUCAUGAUACUAUCUUAUUUUUGCCUCGAUUGUAAAUCCCACAAAUACGUUCGCCUGGUACCAUUACACAACAGUAUAUUGUUAUAAAAUACGUGAUGUUAUUCUAUCAAUGGUAUCUUAUUUGAAGCAUGGGUGCCUGGUUUAAUCGAUUGUUUCUAUAAAAAACCAAAUUACUGUGUCCUUGAAACAAUAAGACUGUAAAAAUAAUUAACCUCGAUGCCAGCGUGGGUAGAAACGAAAACAAACCAGCCCUUUCACCUUCGCUUGAAAGGUCGAAUUUCCGUUUAUAAUUUUAAGGUAGUUGAAUCUUUCACAAUCAGCAGCUGCCAAAACAAUUGAUACUACCACAAAACGACGAUUGGGUAAUUGAAAAUUGUCUGGCGCCAAUCGUAUUAUGAAGAGCCACAUUAUUGUAAGUCUUGUAAGUGCAUAAUUAUACAAAACUAUUUGGUAAUACUAAAAAUUCCUCAAUUCAAAACAUACCAUGUCGUAAUUAUCAUUUCCAUUAAAAGGAACGGCUAUAUAUAUAAUAUAUAUAUGCAUUUGAAUGGUGCUUCUCAGAUACGUUCUAAAAUAAUAAAAAAAUAAUAAUCAUUUUUCCUGUCAAAAUUGAGUAGAUACUGAUUAGCCAUAACGAAAAAAAUAUACGGUUGGUACGUCGGAAAUAAUUUUUUGAAAUUCCUUUUUGCGUGGCCAGUUGGCAAUACCACAAAAAAAUUUGACGUCUAAAUGGGCUUUACUGCGAAAUAGUUCAUAUAGUUUUAACUAGCUCAUACUGCUCCAUAUAUUAUAAUAUUUGUUCUGUGUAUAUUUACUACAGUUAAUUACACCCCCUAUAAUUUAUUCAAUCACUCUACAACACGUAGCCAUUGAUUGUUUGUGUAGGAAUUAUACCUGAAAAAAAUAUCCUCAAAACUACCCUAAAAGGGUUUCAAACGUAAGGACCGUAAUUUGUAUAGGUAGUAUUCUAUACUGAAAAAGAUAUCUCAAACAUGGGGGGUCCAGGGUAUAGGUAUCAUAUUCUACAACAACAGGCAUUAAAAUACGGAAUUUUUACAAGGACACACUUUGCCUUCAGAGGCGUAUUUUUGGUAUAAAUGCGCAGACUCACGAGAACGAGUGGCGAAGCCACAUGCAGUCUGAAAUGGCAUUUCCAGAGUUCUGAGAACAGAAUUUGCAAAAUCUUUGGCCAUUUUGCGUGGAUUACAUUAAUAUAUUUUCAGUUUAAUAUAUUUUCAAGUACACACUUUUCAAUUUACAAGGGCACAUUCGCCUUUUACAACGACACAAAGUGUGUACAAGGACACGCUAUUUUAAUGCCUGUACAACAAGUUGUCAUGUUUGAUGUCCACAGGAGUAUCAAGAAACUGAAUUCUUUGAUUUGAAUUCUUAAUUACCCAGAGCAAAAUAUAUUGUGCUUAACAACAGUAGAUUAAUUUCUAAAGGUCUUCCUUUUAUAUGACACACCCUAUUUAUAAACCACCUAUAUAAACAUUGGCAUUCAAAGCGAGCGCCCUGAAAUAGGCUGAAUGUUAAAGUUAUGCCGGAACUUCUAGACGAAAGACGCUUGAAAACAUUUUAAUGCUUUUCAGUAACUGCAACCGAUACAAUAUUUGAAAAAUACUUAUACAAUGAAUUUGGCUAUUCUUAACCGUCAAGCCCACGCGAUCACGUACGUGCAUCUGUAACUGUGGGCGUAAAUGGCUCUUAUAGAGGGAGUGUUUAGACGCAUAACCAAUUUAUAUACCGGUGGGGUUUUUUUCUUAUAAACAAAGGCGAGUCGGCAAAAUCUCUACAGAAUGCGGGAAUUGACGAUUUUUAUUCGUGCGUAUAACUGCUACGCCAAUUAGAGAGGUUAAAAUUGACGUUUACGACAGACCGGUAACCGCUAACUUCAAGUCGUAUUUUCAACUGUAAGCUGUUCGAAGUUAGGACAAUUUGUGCAUUACAAUUGAAGAAGGAAUUGACUAAAAACAUGUCGAAACCUUCGGAAACUUGUAGAACUUUCCUUCAAAUGCGAAUUGAAGGUUGCCGUUCGCGGUUAUACCGGUCUGUCGUAAACGUCAAGCUUAAAACCUCUCUACUGAUUAUUGCCGCGUCCUUGCGUCAGUAAACCUCAAUAAUAGAUGGGUACCUACAGGGCUUUCAGAAUAAUUAUUCUGAAUAGGUGGUUGUGUUGAUGGAGAGGGUCUAAGGGCCUUGACUUGAUUUUGGUCGACAAAUCAAUAUUGUUGACAAAGGCGAACGCCUUUUAUAGUGUGUGGGGAGCAGCUAUCGAGCAGUUAUCGAUAAAUAAAGGUAUCGACAACAAAUCACUCUAGUCUGUGGGGGCCCUAAGCCUAAGGAGUCUUAAAGUCAUCCAAAUUAACUAAACAUAUAGUUUCUAUAGUGAUUAUAUAUAGCAACACAACUGAGUUCUGUAACCAAAUUGUAAUGUAUCAAAUAGCACGAUGUCUUCGUUUUUGAAGUGGAAAUUAUAUUGUAAUAAAAAGAGUGAACUUUGACUCUUUUUAUGCGCUAUGCGCGUAAAUUCAAGUUCAAAUGUGCUUUCAACCACCAUAUAGCCAUAGGUAUUUUUUUACUGGAGUUAGGAUUCUAGAUAGGGAACACUGCAACUUUUAUUGGUAAACAGAAAAGAUGGGAAUCAUUUCUGCCCCCCUCCUCCCAUUUCUGCCCGGAUUUCAGCUUUUCACACGGGCAGUCCUUUUGCCCUUUAGGAGGGGGGGGGGGGGCAGAGGUAUAGCAAGCUAUAUAUUUUGAAAACCAUUGUACUUAUAAGCACAUAUAGUACAGAUUUCUGAAAGGUAUGUUCAAACAACUGCAAGUUAUAAGCCGGUUACAGACGUAGUUUUUAUUUGGCAAGUUUUAUUUGCUCGUCUGUACGCGCAACUUUGACAAUUUUUUCUAUGACAAGUGCACUUGUUCAAAAGCUAGCAAGCUAGCAUUCUCGCUUUUGAACAAGUGCACUUGUCAUAGAAAAAAAUGUCGAAGUACAAAUUUUGUUCGUCUGUAUGGGUCAACAAAGAAAACUUGCCAAAGUAAUCUGAGCAUUUGAUGCGAUUGGCUAGCUGGCCACUAAUAAAUUGUCAAAGUAAACUUGUUGACAUGUUCACACCAGUAAAUAAAACUUGUCAUAUGAAAACUUGUCAUAUAAAAUUUGUUGCAUACACACACGUGCACUUGGCAAAUAAAACUUGUCACAUAAAAACCUGUCAUAGAAACCUUGCUCGUCUGUAACCGGCUUCAGAACAAGGUCAAGGAGCACAGUCACAUACACUAUAUAUACAGUCGACUCCAACAUUCCUUAGAUCCACAUCAGUCCGCCUCCGGUACGUUAGCCCGUUAAAUAUUUUCCGCAUCAGAAAUUUUCCGCAAAAAGUUGCGAGUAUGCCAAAAGUAUCCAGUUUUAACUGGAUACUUCUCUGGCAUACUCGCAACUUUUAGUUGCGGAAAAUUACUAAUGCGGAAAAUAUUUAAUGGGGUUGCUUAUUAACUCUUCAAGUAGAUGGAAAAAUUCCAUAAUAAUUAGAUUAUGUCAUCGAGUUUCCGUCCUACGUACGUAUUAAAAGGCCCUAUUAUCGAUAAUUCGCGUACUUACGCAUACCGGUAGCCCGAGUCGUAAGUACCACGAAUUAUCGAUAAUAGGCUCUUUACGUAUAUGUAGGACGGACACUUGAUGACAUAAUCUAAUUAUUAAGGAAUUUAACUCGGAAACCUCUCGCAUAUACUCUCAACUUUUUGCGGAAAAUUACUUGCUAAUAUUUAAUGGGGUUGUUUAUUCAUACUUCAAAUAAAUGGCUAUUUGUUUAAUUGUUUGGUUGUAUAAGCUACGAAGGAUCCGUAUGAUAUUCAGAUAUACGUUUCGUGACUGUAUUUUUGAAGACUUUAAAUACAUGGGUGUCGAGAAACUGUACUGAUACUUAAAAUACUCAUUAAUAAUUCAUGAAGAAAAUUCAAAAGAAGUGAAUGUUUAAUCAAUGUCUGUAAAUCGGAUAAAGAUUUGUCCUGAUUUACUGAGACUUCAGCUAUGAUUUUCUCGGCUUAGACAAUGUUUAUUUUUAAAAUUACUUCGCCAAUGAACUCAUAAGAUGGGUCGUUUUUCAAAGUACGUUAAACCAGGACGUGUUCGCACUGCUUGUUCCCAGCUUGUUGACAGCUUGUUGACAACUUGUUACAAGUUGUUCCAACAACUUGUUCCAACAACUUGCUAAUCGUCCUGCAAUUCAACAAAUUUGUCAACAAGUUCUGAGUGACAACCUUAAUGAAAUAACAGCAUUGUUACAACUUGUUGACAAGCUUGCUACAAGCCUGUUGCGAACACAUCUUGUUGACAAGCGGUGAGAUUUUUACGUGUAAAUAAUGGCUUUUAAUUUCAACCAGGGACGCAAGUAAAAACAACAAAAAGACGCCAAAUUCGAUCAGAAAUGAAACACAGAAGGCAAAAUCCCGAGUCGCAGCGAAGACUCGACGUAAGAACGAGAACGAGAACAUCGAGCAGCUCAAUCGACUCGUUCCAUGGAUUCCUGACAGCCCUCCUGAUAAAUCCACUAUUAUUCGACUGUCCACGAGCUACAUUGGCCUGAUGAAAGUUUUAAACGGAAGUCGUAAUGCCCAAAUGAUAGGUAUGUUACAACUGGAUGGAUUGCUCUGUCAGUUCUAGUACGAGGUCCAGUAUUUGGUAUUACUAAAAAACCGUUUACACUGUAUUCUAAAAGCUCACACACACUCGAAGAGUGGAGGUUCAAUCUGAGCUUCCCUUGAGUGUCAGUGCUGUUUUUAAAUAGCUGGAGGGUCAGUGUCGUACCUUACUCUGUGACUACUCACCCUCCAGCUAUUCAAAAACAGCACUGACACACAAGGGAAGCUCAGAUUGAACUUCCACUCAGUGUGAGCCGUGAGCUUUUAGAAUACAGGCGAUAUAGAGUCAUAACGUUUUUACUUAGCGGCUGGGAAAGGUGCUCUUGGUAAGCCUUCAACUGGAUCAGAUUGAGCUGCGUCCUUCGAAAUUCAGCUUCUCAGGAUGACGAGCACACCCCACUUACUCACUUACUUAAAGCAUCUUAUUCACCUGAGUACAUUACACCAACACAGCAAAUAUCAUGAUUAUUAGAUUAUAUUGAUAUCGAAGGAACUAGACUCAGUUCCGAAAUAUCACAUACUCGAACCGACCUGACCGCGUAGCUCAGUUGGCAGAGCAUUGGGCUAGUAUUCCAAAGGUCGUAGGUUCGAUUCCCAGCGUGGCCAGGCAUAUUUUUCAAGCCUGCCCGGUGUGGAUAUACACUCAGAGUAACAUCACAAGCAUACGUAAAGUAAGUUCACAUUUCUCUCUUUUUUUUACAGACAAUGGAUGUUCUGCGACUAAGGGCAUCGAGAACUUAAGCUUGGAGGUAAAUUAAUUUGUAUCCAUUUUGUGCAGAAGUGUAGUGUGUAUGUAUAGAAUUGUUUCUGUAAAAUACUUAAUAAUAUACAUGAAAUAAUAUUCUGAACAGUGUCAAAAAAGGAAAUUCGUUGCCAAAAAACAACAGCGGCGAAGCUGGCCAUAUAGCAACAGGUCAUGCUAUGCAAAUUUUUAAUGAUUUGCAUUAUUCAAACUUUAAAAAUGUAUUGUCUUGAACCUAUUUACACGCAGGUAUGUUAAUUUUAAUUUGCUUCUGCAUGAAUGUUUCAUGUAUAUUAUUAAGUAAUGCAAGUUUGUCGUUCAAUUUGGAAAAACAAAGACUUCAAAUUGCACUCGUCCUUUGGCUUCGGGCAAUUUUGGUCCUCGUUAAAAAACCCUAACUCUUGCAUAAUUUGCAAAUUACACUCGAAACCAUACUAGUACCUAUAUACUAACAAAUGCUUCUGCGUAUAUUUUGUAAAGGUUAUGGAUGGCUUCAUAAUUUUUCUCGCCAAAGAUGGGACGAUUAUCUUUGUCAACGACAAAGUGGUGAACUAUCUGGGAUUCCCACCGGUAAGUUAAUCGCAACAUUUUACAUUUUUACACAAUUAUUGUAAGGACUAGAAGUAAAAAAUUAAACAGUUCCACGUCUCAUGAUAAAAAUCGUACUCUUAACAUGUGUUUUUAACAAUCAUAAAACAAAGUUUGUUUUUUUUCUCUAGCACGAUUUAAUGGGCAAAAAGAUCUACAACUUCGUGUUGAAAAAAGACUGGGACUUUCUUGCCAAGAAACUGAGAGGUCCACUGCCCUGUCUGGACAAUCCGAAUAUUCGAGAACCACCAGACAACCCUGAUGAUGUGAUCUGUGAACCUGAUGUCGAGGGUAGGUCAGGGAGGACUUUAAUUUUGUCCACUCCUUGUAAGGUAGCGAUGGAUAAUCGACUCUGA